CUCCCUCUUCCAUCCACCUCUGCUUUAGAUUCGAUUCGAUUUCUGCCAUUUCUAUCCGACAAUCACUAUCCGACUAUUGUUUCCUUGCGCGGCGUCAUGGUCGCUCUGACCUGCGGAUCCACGGCUUUUUAAUCCGCCAUUUCUCAAUGCUGCAGCUUGUCUGAACACCACUUGUUCGACGGAAUGUCCCUGUGAACAGACUCCAUGGCGGAGGCUUCCGGCGACGCACGGGUGGUCUCGGAGGGCGUUGCCGGCGCCGCGUGCAGGAUCGAAGCCCUCCCCAGCCACGUCCUCAGCCGCGCCAUCUCUUUCCUGGACGCACGCCAGCUCGUGCAGACGUGCCUGCUGUCGCGGCGGUGGCGCCACCUCUGGCGCUCCGUGCCUCGCAUCAGUGCCUCGCGCCAUGAGUUCGACGGCAUGGCUGAGACCGAGGAGGAGUGCGACGUGCUGUUCAAGAAGUUCGUCAACAGCCUCCUGAUGCUCCGUAACCCCGCUGCCUUGGACGAGUUCCGGCUUCAGUACAACAUACCUGAUGCAUCAGAUGACCUUGAGGUCGACUCGGAAGAUGCUAACCUAUGGAUCCGCCAUGCUUUACAGAGCAAUGCCCGGUCUGUUGAGGUUUCCGGUGGGGUCAGUAACUUGCAGCUCGAUCCUGGGGUGUUUGCUUCCAAGUGCUGCUUCGUGACAAGCAUGCUGCUUUCCGUUGUUUUUCUGAAACCACCUUUCUUUAGGAACCUCCAAACAGGCUGCCCAGUAUUGGAACGUCUCAUCUUAGAAUUCUGCACCAUUUAUGACCCUGACAUUUCCUCCCACACACUGAAGGUUCUGACCAUGGAUCAGGAGUGUGACUGCACAUUUGAAGGAAGGGCCUCUAUUACUAUUCCAAGCCUCGUUGAACUUCACUUCUUUCCUGACGAUGCAAGAAUACCUCUACUGGAAAAUAUGGAAUCACUAGUGAAAGCAUCGGUUUUUGUCGGUACUAAUCCUAACGAGGUUGAUGAUAUCUGUCAGUUUCUGAGGAGCCUUUCUGGUGUUACUCAUUUGGAAUUCUACGGCAGAGGAGUCAAGCUGGAGAUGGAACAGAAUUUACAAUGGUGCCCAAAAUUCAACAAUCUUACAACCCUGACACUUGGUAACAAUUGUCUGUAUGGAGACUUCUAUCCACUGAUAGUCUUCCUUCAGAACUCACCUAAUCUGGAGCAGCUUACUUUGGAACUCAUGCAGGAAUUCCGACAGAUCGGUCUGGACCAAACAUACAUCGGCGACCUAGAUGAAAGAUCGUUUACUUGUGAGCACCUUGUGAUGGUUGAUAUUGUUUUUGGCUCGGACUCGAAGGGUUUGAAGGAUGAUCCUGUGCUAAGCAACCUGCUGAAACUUUUGCACAAUAAUGGCAUAACCUCUGAUCAGAUUUUCAUCAAGUAGAAAA